AAAUGUUCAUGUAUGUAAACCUUACUUUGAGAUUAUCUCAUUUUUCACAAUGAUAGGAUAACCUUGUACCAUAUCGAUAAAAAAAAAAAAAAAUACAAGGGGUAAGAAAAUAUGCUCUCUUGUUAUCAACAACAGAAAGUUCACCAAACUUUACGUCAAAGUUUCCCAUACUGCAUUUCUUAAGGAACUGCAGAGGGUUUAAAUGAAAAGCUAAUAUUUAAGGAAAUGUAAUAAAACAAAUAAAACAGUUACUGAAAAAAAUAAUAAUAAUAUGGCAGGUAAACAUAUACAAUGUGACCAUAACUAAUGUCAGAGAACCAUGCACAUACAAAUCUGAUAAUGAAUUAAUAAAAAAUAUAUAUAUAUUUUUUUAAUCUCAGGGGUACUUCAAAUAAAAACAUAUAAGGUGAGGAUCAAUAUAUUAGAGGAUCAAAUGGCAAAAAAAGUUGAUGAAUUAGCAUUCUAAUGUUUUUGAAAGACAAACGUCUUCCAAAGUAAUAAAUGAUAAAAUAACCAACUGAGUGACUAUUAUAAUAAUCAUGAAUGUGUUCAUCAGUAGUUGAUGCAGUGUUGAAACACUUCGUAAACCUGAAACGAUUUAGACAAAAAUCUUCUUCGAUGGCAUGGUGAAGCACCUUUAUUUUUAAGAGUGCAUUGUGUGCACGCUUAAAAACAAAAAAUAGUAAAAGUGGCGUUUCGUAAUCUGUACUGUAGAUUGAUUUUAAUCCUACAUUACAUUUGUAUGCACUCACUGCAAAAUGGGAACUUUAAUUAACACGUAUGCAAACAUCACCCGGGUAAACUGGUUUUGUAACAGCUACUGCCAUAUUGUGGUGUAAUCCGAAUGCAUCAAAUAAGAUCAGGAGGUCUCCUGCUGUUACAUAAGCUCAUAGUCCUUCAAGACUAACUCCUUGUCUGCCAACUAUCAAAUCAAAAGACGCUCCAGCUAUAAUCACUUUGUCCUCUUUAAUCCUCAGUUGAGUUUAAAUAGCAGACAGUGCCAUUAUCUUGAACACUGGUCACACUUCGCAAAAUGGGCAAUGCUAAAAGUGGAGCGCUUUCCAAAGAGCUUCUGGAGGAGCUGAAGAUGAACACCAAGUACAGCGAGGAGCAGCUGUAUGCAUGGUACCAGAAGUUUCUGAACGAGUGUCCGACGGGCCGCAUCAGUCGAGAGCAGUUUGAGAGCAUCUACGCCAGCUUCUUCCCCGACGCCGAUCCCAAGGCUUACGCUCAGCACGUCUUCAGGAGCUUCGACGCCGACAGCGACGGGACGCUGGACUUUAAAGAGUACAUUGUGGCUCUGCAUCUGACCUCCUCAGGGAAGACCGUGGAGAAGCUGGAGUGGGCCUUCGCUCUGUACGAUGUAGACAGGAACGGCACCAUCACCAAAAACGAGAUGCAUGAAAUAGUCAAGUCAAUAUUCAACAUGAUCUCCAAAGAAGACCAGAAAAACCUUCCGGAUGAUGAGAAUACUCCUGAAAAACGAACAGAUAAAAUUUGGGACUUCUUCGGGAAAAAAGAAAACGGUAAAAUAACGGAGGGCGAGUUCAUUCAAGGAGUCAUGGACAAUAAGAACAUCCUCCGUCUGAUUCAGUUUGACAAACCACAAAAGGUCCAAGAGCGGCUCAAAGAGAAGAAGCAAUAAUCUUUGUUUGUUUUUGGUUUGCAUUUUACUGCGAUGUGAUUCUCUCUGUUUCAUGUGCACUGUAAUACUUUUGAUUUCUGCUGUCAUGUGUUGACCAAUAUUUCAAUACAAUAUGUGCCAUGGAA